ACACUGCAGUCUGCAUUGAGGCCACUUCAAAAGGGGUCCUUGAAUUCAGAUGAGCUCGCUAUCACAAAAGGAGCAUGUUGUUUAAAGCGAGUGCAGAUGUGUGCUACACACACACACACACACACAUACACACACACAUACACGUACACACAAACACACAAUUCCCAAUUAAAAACGUGUGUGAGCCGAGUGCCCUGUGAUCCUUUUAGCGGAUCCAUUUGCAGACCCUUUCAUGCGACGCUCCCUCCAGCAUUGGGCUCCUCCAUGUCCUCUCCAGUGUGCUGUGGUCCUCGCAACACCAGCGCCCAUCGCUGACCCACCGUCGGAGAGCUGUUGGACGUCUAGUCGUCGAUCCACGAGGGACACGUGGCGUUAACAGGUUUCCCUGAUGGGUGAAUGAAACUGAGAUUAGAUGAGCUGAACUAAACGGGUUGGGUUGAGGUGAACUGGAACAGUGAUCAGUAUGCAUGGUCAGGUGGUGGCUUCACAGCGGCUCUCUGUGAAGACCUGGACGGAUGAGGAGAGCGACCGAGCAGACAGCCUUCAGAGCAGGGGCCAGUCGAUGUGUGACGACACCUGCUCAGAGCUCCAGAGGAUGGCAGCCAAUGACAGAAGAGAUCAUAACUCCCCGAGCUCCUUCCACGGCCAGGGGGCGCUCUCCAGGAUCGUGAACAUGGUGAUGACGCUACGAGAGUGGGCCCACAAGAGUCUGGUGGAGGAGGUGGAGCGACCUGACUCCUUCCUGGAGCGCUUCAGGGGCCCCGCCCCCAACGACAUACAGGCCCCGCCCAGCAGGUUUAGCCACACCCACGCAGACUCGGACGCCGACGCCGAGGGCCGUCGUAUGAGACGCAUGAAGAGGAGGUGCAAAGUCUUUGUGUUGUCGCCCUCUGAUGACGCGUACUACCACUGGCUGAUUGUGAUUGGUGCUGCUGUUCUUUACAACUGGAGCCUUCUGGUCGCCAGAGCUUGUUUUAACGAGCUUCAGACCAACAACGUGCUGGUGUGGCCGGUCCUGGACUAUCUGUGUGACAGCCUCUACAUCCUGGACACGGUUGUCCGGCUCCGCACAGGCUUCCUGGACCAGGGCCUGAUGGUGAAGGACGUGCGGCGCCUGCGGGAGAGCUACGUCAGCACGGUGCAGUUCAAGCUGGACGUGUGCUCCGUGCUGCCCACCGACCUGCUGUACCUGGCCGCCGGGCCCUCCUACACCCCCCUGCUGCGCUUCAACCGCCUGCUGCGCCUGCCGCGCCUCUUCGAGCUGUUUGAGCGCACGGAGACGCGCACGGGCUGCCCCAACGCCUUCCGCAUCUGGAAGCUGGUGCUCUACAUCCUGGUCAUCAUCCACUGGAACGCCUGCGUCUACUACAGCUUCUCCAAGCUGCUGGGCCUGGGCUCCGACUCCUGGGUGUACCCCAACGCCUCCGACCCCGAGUUCGGCUCGCUGACGAGGAGCUACAUCUACUGCCUGUACUGGUCCACGCUGACGCUGACCACCAUCGGGGAGACGCCGCCCCCCGUCCGCGACGAGGAGUACCUCUUCUUGGUGUUUGACUUCCUGGUUGGUGUGCUCAUCUUUGCGUCCAUUGUGGGCAACGUGGGAGCGAUGAUCUCCAACAUGAACGCAACAAGAGCCACCUUCCAGAGCCGCGUGGACGCACUCAAACACUACAUGCACUUCAGACACGUCAGCAAAGACUUGGAGCAGCGGGUCAUUCGCUGGUUUGACUACCUAUGGACCAAUCAGAAGACAGUAGACGAACAGGAAGUGCUGAAGAGCCUGCCCAAUAAGCUGAGAGCGGAGAUUGCCAUCAACGUUCACCUCGAGACGCUGAAGAAGGUACGCAUAUUCCAGGACUGCGAGGCUGGCCUUCUUGUGGAGCUGGUGUUAAAGCUUCGACCGCAAGUCUUUAGCCCUGGAGACUACAUCUGUAGGAAGGGCGACGUGGGUAAGGAGAUGUACAUCAUCAAAGACGGGCACCUGGCGGUGGUGGGGGAGGACGGGGGCACCCAGCUCGCCGUCCUCACCGCCGGGAGCUGCUUCGGAGAGAUCAGCAUCCUGAACAUCAGCGGGAGCAAGAUGGGGAACCGGCGCACCGCGAACAUCCGCAGCCUGGGCUACUCGGACCUCUUCUGCCUCUCCAAGCAAGACCUGAUGGACGUGCUGCAGGAGUUCCCGCAUGCCAGAGCACAGCUGGAGCAAAGGGGGCGGGACAUCCUGCAGAAGGAGGGGCUUCUGGAGGAAGUGAACAUCUCGGCCGGGGAGGAGGUGGAGGAGAAGGUGGAGAGGCUGGAGUCCAGUCUGGACCGCUUGCAGACCUGUUUGGCCCGCCUCCAGAGUGAAUUCAACUCCUCCCAGCUACGACUCAAAAAGCGAAUCACGGUCCUUGAGCACAGCAUUGCCACGGCAACCACCGGCAGCGGCUUCCUCUCGGAGGCCGACGACAGCAUCCCCGGAGGCGACGAGAAUCGCAGUGAAAUCAACAUCCAGCUUUAGAAGACGGAUGGUUGCUGUGGAAACAACUCUGGUCUUGAUCAUCUUUUAUCUGACAUUUAGCUAAACUUUUUUGCAACUUUACUGCUUGCUAAAGUCCCCCAUGCCCCAUGUGUCAUCCCAUCUGGUCCUUUGUCCAUGCAACGUAAGGUUGGACUGCUGAGGAUGUGGGGGUGUUCACUGUCAUUUUCAGACCUCCGUUUAACUGCUAAAUGUUCCAUAUUCCAGGCGAGACUUUCCAGAUAGAAGAACAGAACUUCAAGUUAAAAGUCAAGUGUUCUUUUAGAGUAGAAGUAGGCCUAGGAGGCACUCUGUUACCACCAUUCAAGCUCAUUCAUUUGCAGUGAAGAUGUGGGAAUACUCAGCAGGAAACACCGGGCAGGCAGAUAGUAGGUUCAGAAAUAGGCAAGGCAAGGCAAGGCAACUUUAUUUAUAUAGCCCUUUUCAUACACAAGGCAGACUCAAAGUGCUUCACAUAUAAACAUUGUCAUACAAUAAAAUAAAAUAAUAGAUAAGUAAAAGAAACCAUAUGUUUAC